ACUAGGAUAAGAUUAAAUCGGAUCGCCGAUCGGUCGGAAAAUUCAAGGAUUUGAAAAUCUCUCGAAUCGAAGGGUCGAGGCAUCAGGCAAACAUCAACGAGUCCCAGAACUGCCAGUGGAAAAUCGAAGGAUUAGGAGACAGGUCUCCGAGGUGUUCACUUCGUGUGAAUCGUAGCCUGCUGCGGUUCUGGCCAAAAGGAAAGUGCGUUGUGCGACGAAAGGGAACGGGAACAGGGGGAAGAACCACCGGAAAAGAAUCAGCGGAGCCAGUACAGUGUGUUCGCUGAAAACGCGCGGCGAUAGAGUGAGAAUCGACGUGCGACUGUGAACAUUCGGACGAAAUACGUGGACCUGUUCGUUCCCGUGAAGGUUCCUGGGAAAGGUACACGCCUUGGGUAUUCGCUGGGAUCCCGAAGAGGACAGGCAACUUUGGAGCAGUGAGAUAAACAUUCCAAGAUGGGAACCAUACUGCAGCAGUCGGUCUUAAAAGGUCGGCAGACCGACGGUAUCAAGGAGAAGGAUUUGCUUCAUAAAUUAUUCAAAGAAACAACGGCAAAUUAUUCCAGUCAGCUGGCGGUCUACUACGAAGACGACAAUGGCGACGAGCACACGUUUACUUACGACCAGCUGAACCAGCUGACCAACGCGAUGGCUCGAUGUCUUCGGGAAUGGGAGAAACCAGAGAACGCGUCGCAAACGCUGGUAGCCGUUUGCAUGAAGCCGUCUCACCAGUUGCCCGUGAUCCUGCUGGCCAUAGUUAAAGCGGGAAUGGCGUACCUGCCCCUGGACCCGGAGUUCCCCAUGUCCCGAGUGAAACACGUUCUACAGGAGGCGAGACCUUUCAUGGUGCUGAUAGAAGAGGAAGCGGAUUCGUCGAUCUACGAGAACGCGAUCACGGUCACCUACGACCAACUCUUGGAUCGAAGUCGAGACGAGAGCAAGGAUGAUUUGGAGCUCCAAGGCGAUCCUGAGCAACUCGCCAUUGUUUUGUACACUUCCGGUAGCACGGGCGUUCCGAAAGGAGUGCUGCUGCCUCACGCGACAGUGUUGAACCGCCUGCGAUGGCAAUGGCGCGAGCUACCCUACGCGACGAACGAAACCCAUUGCGUGUUCAAAACGUCGCUGACUUUCGUCGAUAGCGUCUCCGAGAUUUGGGGACCGCUUCUGCAGGGUCGUACUCUCGUAGUCAUCCCCAAACACACCACGAAGAACCCGGAGAGAUUCGUCCACGAGCUGGACAAGCACAAGAUUCAACGACUGGUGUUGGUGCCGUCCUUACUGCACUCCAUGCUCAUGUACUUGAGUCUGCGCGACAAGAACAACGUACUCGGCUCGUUGAAACUUUGGGUGUGUUCCGGGGAAACGUUGCCGGUAUCGUUGGCUGAACAAUUCUUCGCCACGUUCCGCGACGGCGACAAGAUUUUGGCCAAUUUCUACGGAAGCACGGAGAUCAUGGGCGACGUCACCUAUCACCUCCUGACCAAUCGAAACCAGCUGCAAAUGGCGGAGAAGGUUCCCAUAGGAAAGCCAUUGGACAAUUGCAUCGUCUACAUAGCGAACAAAGACAUGCGACUGGUCCCGCAGGGGGACGUGGGCGAGCUGAUAGUGGCUGGGAGAAAUCUCGCGGCGGGUUACAUUCGCGACAACGAUUCGCGCAAGUUCCUGGUCAAUCCUCACGCCAUCGAUCCAGAAUACUCGAAGAUUUAUCGAACGGGUGACUACGCCAGGAUAUCCAAAGGGGUUGUCAUUUACGAGGGACGCGUCGACUCGCAGAUAAAAGUCCGUGGACACCGGGUGGACCUCACGGAAGUGGAGAAAGCCGUCUCCAAAGCACCUGACGUCAACGAGGUGGUCGUUCUUUGUUACAAACCAGGGGAAUUAUCUCAGACACUCAUCGCGUUCGUUACUACUACGAACGGGUCCACCUGUCCGGAGAAAAUCGAGACGUUCCUGCAAGCUACCAUACCCCUCUACAUGAUGCCGCGAAUUAUCAUCGUGGACAACAUACCGCUUUUGACAAACGGAAAGACGGAUCGACAGGCCCUGUUGAAGCGGUAUGAAUCCUCCGAUAUCAACAGAGAAGAAGACAGUUGCGUGGAUGUCGACUACGCCAGCGUGCCAGGGAAAGACCUUAAAAAAGCGAUGGUCCUGUUCCCCACGGUGGCGUCUGUGAUAGGUCGCGGUGGAAGGGCGAACGUGACGCUCGAUGCAAAUUUCUACGAGCUGGGAGGGAACUCGUUGAACUCGAUCUACACGGUAACGAAGCUGAGGGAUCAAGGUUACGAGAUAGGAAUCACGGAAUUCAUCACGGCGAAGAAUAUGGCGGAGGUGCUCGACCGAAUGAGAAUCAGCACGGAAGACACGUCGCAGGAGGUGAAACUGAACGAGGAGGAGCAUCGCUACGAAAUGUUGAACGACAGCCACAAGCAGGACGUGAUCGAAAUCAUCACGGAGAGCUUCUACAACAAAGCGGAUUUGGAGCAAUUACUAAUGCCGGACAUAUCGAAGGACGACUACCGAUUGAUGAUGGAUCUUCUCUGGGAACCGUUGGUCGAGAAAAACUUGAGCUUCGUGGUGAAAUCGGCGCGGGAUGGGAGAACGAUCGGCGUGGGCCUGAACUUCGACCUGUGGGACGAACCAGAGGUGAUACUCGACUCGAAGUUGACGAUAGUCUUCGAGUUCCUGGAGUACCUGGAGGCACCGAUCCGAGAACGAAAGCUACCGAAAGGGAAAGGACAGAUCAUCCACAAUUUCAUGAUGACCACCAGUGACGAUUUGAACGCGGCCGAAAACGUGAUCCUGAUGAGAGAGAUGGAGGAGUUCUGUUUGCAACUGGCCAAGAGGAAGGAGUACGCUGGGAUCUUUACCACCAACACCAGCCCGCUUACGCAGCAACUUGGAAUGGACGUGUUCGGAUACGAAACGAUGCUAACCUACCAAGUGAACAAAUACAUGGCCCCCGAUGGCACGAAGCCCUUUGGGAAAGCACUGGAUAGUCAAGUGGCAAUUUGCUCGUUAAAAAUGAUCAACUAAUGCCCCCUGAAACGAAGCGGAUGCAUUACUCGUUUAUGUCGCGCGAGAGCACGUUUUUUUACGGUCUUUUGUAACAGCAAAAUUCUGGGCUUCGAAGAUGUUGCUUUUGACAUUGAUAACAAACUCGAGUAACGGAUGAUAAACGAUGAUUCGUUGAAUUCAUAAAAUUUAGAAAUUGUUGAACGUCUUAUUCGUUAUCUACUAUUGGAAU